CCUGCUUAUCCCUUUUCUUUAUUUCUUUAUAUCUAUUUUUUAAAAUGCAGCAGCACCAACUUUUAGAGAAAUUUUAUUAUGGGUACUCAAAGAGUUUGACAGCAAACUCAACUGUAGGUAUUUCAACCUGUUCUGCAAAUGCUACCAUUUGCAAUGGCACAUCUUGUGUGCUACCUGAGAAUAAUUUUAACAAGAUUUUGAAUGUAAUUUUAAGUACUGUCAUAACAGUCAUGUUGGCAUUGGUGAUGUUCUCCAUGGGCUGCAAUGUGGAGAUAAAAAAAUUUUGGGGGCACAUAAAAAGACCGUGGGGUAUUUUCGUGGGCUUCCUCUGUCAGUUUGGAAUUAUGCCUCUCACAGGCUUUGUGCUGUCUAUCGCCUUCAAUGUGAAACCUAUUCAAGCUGUUGUAGUGCUCAUCAUGGGAUGCUGUCCCGGUGGAACUUCUUCCAACAUCCUAGCAUACUGGGUAGAUGGUGACAUGGAUCUAAGCAUCAGCAUGACAACAUGUUCCACCUUACUGGCAAUGGGGAUGAUGCCACUUUGUCUCUUUGUGUAUACCAAAAUGUGGACAGACUCCGGCUCAAUUGUACUCCCCUACGAUAGUAUAGGAAUUUCACUGGUGGCCCUUGUCCUUCCUGUUUCGCUUGGAAUAUAUGUUAACCAUAGAUGGCCCAAACAAGCAAAAAUUAUACUUAAGGUUGGUUCCAUUGUUGGAGCAAUUCUCAUAAUACUCAUAGCUGUGGUUGGAGGAAUACUGUAUCAGGGUUCCUGGACGAUUUCCCCUGAACUGUGGAUCAUUGGGACCAUAUUUCCAGCUGCUGGUUACUCUUUAGGCUUUUUCCUGGCUCGCAUUUCUGGUCAAUCUUGGCACAGAUGUCGUACAGUAGCUUUGGAAACGGGCAUGCAGAACACUCAGCUGUGUACAACGAUUGUGCAGCUCUCCUUCACCCCUCAACAGCUUGCACAGAUGUUUACUUUUCCACUUAUCUACAGUAUUUUCCAGAUGCUAUUUGCACUGAUAUUUUUAGGAGCCUACCAAGCACACAAAAGAUGUCAAGGCACAAUGAAAACAGACUUCACUGAAGAAGAAGAUGAAACGGAAACAAAAUCUGAGUCAUUAUAUGCCAACAUGAAUGGUGGAUUUACAUCAAAUGAAAAACAGAUAGAUAAUCAUGUUUCUGUGGACACCAAAGAAAAUGUAUAAAAUAUAUGGUUUACUCAAAACUUUUGCUUAUGAAUCACUGCUGACAGGGAAAUAUUUAUCCCAAGAAGACUUCCUAUUGACAUUGUAUAGAAGACUUGAAAUGAUUGAUUUGUGAAAGGUCUUUUUAUGGUUUGGCCUUUGAUUCUGAAUGAAGUUUUUGCCUCCAGGAUCAAAUUCAUUUGCUAAAAUAUUUAAUGUUUCAUAAUGGGCUAGUAUGACAAGGCUGAAAAGUAAAGCUGCUAUUGCUGAGAAAUGGCAUUUUCAUUACUGACUCAAGCCCUUAUCCUGAAAAUAGAUCUGCCAGUAAUAACCCUGAAUUAAUGAGAAGUCCUUCCAAGAGGCUUGAAUAGGUGCAGGGGUCCAUGUGGUAGAUGUAACAUAGGACCGGGGUCUUAUUGUGAACAUAAAACAGCACAGAAAAGGAAAACACAUAGAACAAAGAACUAAGCAAUGUUUCCUUCAGGUCAGUAUGUGCAGCCUAAAAGCUAUUGUAUUAUAACAAUUGAAUGCUAUUAAUAAGGAGUGUUAUUUUUUGUUUUCAAUAUGAGAGUUGUGUUAUUUAUCAUUAGAAUAGGUAUAGCCAGGACUACAGAUCCGCAGAGCAAGUCAAUCCCCUUGGUUUCCCAGUGUUCCUCCACUUAUGUGGAGCUUACAGUGGGUUUACUGCUCAUUGUUUUGUAUGAGGGUCUAAUAGACGUAUUUUCAGUAUUUGCAUAAUCUCAUAUGAUUUCAAGCCAUCCCUUGGAAAGAGGGUUAAGCGACAAAAGUGUUAAUUUAUUCAAAAGCUAUUACAUUAAAAGGUAUAAAAAUACUCUGGGUUGCCAUUUUUGUGCCCACUUGAAUUUCAGUAACCAUUGUAUGCCUUCUGUUCAGGCAAUUUAGCUAUAAGGGUGCCAGAUGUGCUGUUGUAAUCAGCCAUGUAAAGAUACAAAUUAGACAAAAUAUGGCAAGAAAUAAUUUUGGAUAAAAAGGGGAACCCAUAAUUAUUUGCCCCUGCAAACUGAAAACUACGUAAUGAAAAUCUGCCCGUAGCUAGAUGGGUACACAAUUCCAAGUAAAAUUACUUUGCACAAUAACUUUACAUUGCAUGGCUGUGAACUCCAAAUACACAAUACCCAUAAUCCUGCAGUGUUUAUACAAGGAAAACGUCCAGUGAAGUCUAUAAAAGCUUGGCUGAAUAUGGACUUCACAAGUGGGCCAAAUAUCAACAUGUGGAAACUAUCAAUCUCUUUCAGGUUUGUCCAAUACAAGUGAACAUUUCUAGAUUCUGAGUUAAUGGGAUAACUUUUUUACUUCAGAAUUUCUAUCCAAAUUAUGAAUUUUACAAACACAGUUUAAAUUUUCACCACAGCAAAAUCGUGCCCAAUACCAAGCAAAGGGUGAAUUACUUGAUAUAUCAGAUGUGUACAAAAGAGUCUUAAAAUCUUUCGAAGUCUGCAAUAGUAUUGGUCUCAGAGUUAAGAGCACUCAGAACCCUGAAGUAAGUGUUCAGCAGUUAGCAGGAUCUGGUCUGUAACACCACCCACGCUUUUAUACCUCAGAUAGUGAAAGGACAGGUAAACCACAGAUCAUAACCGUAAAAAGGCAAAGUCAGCAAGAAGAGGAUAAACUUUUGAUUCCAGUGCCUGCAAGAAAAUAUCUGUGGGCCUUAUCCUGUUCCCAUUAGGUCAACAGAGAUUUUUCCAUUAGCCUCAGGGAGCUGACUAUAUGUUUGUUCAAAAUGUGGAAGAAAGAAAUUUGGUUUUGAUCAUUUAGUAUUCCUUUCUGAUAUGGUAAAGCUAAAGUAACACUGAGCUUUCAAAAUGAGAGUUUUCUAUAUGAGUUUUAAAUGGAUUUUGGAACUAUAGUAUAGUAAAGCUUGUAUCACCUGAAAGCAUGUAUGUGUGUAUUUAA